CUCAGCCAAAGGAGCUGAGAGAGGAACACAAAGGGCUCAAAGAGACCUGCCAGCAUGGUUACCGUCUUAAAUAUCCCAGGCCAGUGUGGCCACUCCUCUAAAUCUCUCAGCAGCAUAGGGUAGCUGCCAGUUUGCUCUUUCUGCUACUGUAACACUGACUCUCAAAGGGGUUUGAAGCUUUUUUUAAACUCUGCCCUUAAUGGGGGCUCAGAGUGGCGAGAUUGAUGGAGGGCGUCAGGAGUGCACAGAUAGAAGGAUGAGUCUAGUUUGAAGCUUUUAUUCAUGCGGCAUGCAGCUAGAGGAAAGGAGCCAGAAAGUCGAAGCUAAAAAACAAAGAAAUAUCCGUCUGGGGUUUUCAUCAUGGAUUUAGUAUUGUUAUCUCAUCCAUUCACGCUGUGCCUUCGUCACACCCUUUCUUUCUCCCUGCCUGUGCUUAACAGUUUCUGCUGCCGUCGUCAGACAGUUUAUGGAUCAUCUUAACGGGAUGCCUCCACGUCCAGAUCUCAUGGGCUUGUGUGAUCUUUGAAAACAGUGGCUUGUCUGAGGGCUAAGCUGUCCUGGCAUUUAGAUUGGCAAGACUGUAAGAGAACUGGACGAGAGGGGAAAGUGAUGCCUUUUUCUCUCCUUCGCUCCCUCUCUGUUCAUUGUUGCCUACUCUGCAGUGAUGAUGUGGAUGUGAUGGGGGGGUGGAGUGGAGUGGAGGCUACCCUCAUCUUCAGUAAACAAUAGGUCCUUGUGUGUUUGACCCCCUCUUCAGCAGAGUGGAGUCCAUGGCUCGGGCUGAAGCCGGGAUGGAAUUCCAUCUUUGCCAGAUUUAGUCGGUGGAAACCCCUCACAACAAAACCCCAACACUCCCAGUGUUAGGAGGGUCAUACCUCAGGGGCAAUUUAUUCUUAUUUACAACCACAUCAAUAAUCAAUUAUCAUCCUCUCCCUUUUUCUGGAGCUGUGGUGGCCCCCAUUGAUUGUCUGAAUGUGCUGUGCCACAUGAUCCAUCUCCCCCUCGGCUGCCUAACUGAUUACUAACCUAUAUUUGAGUGGGAUGAGCCACAAUGGUGCUACUAGGUCAUUAAAAAGUGGUUGACAAUGAUUUAUUUGUCCUAUAAUCGCAUCUUUUGUUGUGUGAUUAUGGUUAGAAAAUCUAAAACAAGGACAAAUGAGCUAUGGAAGUAGUAAAAACACUCUAAAUUUUCCUUCUAAGAUCAUAUCUUGUGUGUCAUCUUUAUUCGCUUGGUCUCUCUUCAGCAGCUUUGAGUGAACUCUUUUCAGUGGCUUGAAUGCUGCUAAUCAAAUCCAUAUUACUGGGUCACGGUGCGGCUGCUUGUUGGUUCCUGUCAGAGAAAAGUUUUGUUAUCUCAAUCCUCGUCUUACAAGUCAUCCGAUAACCUUUUUAUCCCCUUCUUCGCGUGACCGGCCCACCCAUUUUGCGGAGGUGUGCUGCGGAUACGUCAGCUUCCUUUGAGCACGUUGUGGGAAACCAGAAUAACCUGCUUUGUGCCAGAUCACUUUACAUCCUCAGAGAAGCGCACGCAGUCACCAGCCAGACCCACCUGUCCUCUGUCUGUUACAACAUUAGCCGUCAGAGUCCUCUCCAUUAUUGUAAAAGCCAACGUCAUCCGGGCUAAAGGAGAGUAAAGUCAGGCUACAAAGCUAGAGUCGCGCUGACGCGUCCCACACUGCUCCUCUCACAUGAUUGGAUCAACAGGAAGCACUUGAGCUUUACAAUUGCAUUAUGUCAGUUAAUCACUUUCCAGGUUAAUACCAUUUCAGAGUUGGUCAUAUUGACAAAAAAAAAAGGUAAUCGCUCUUCCGUCCAUGUCAGAAUGAAUCUGGUUGAUAGUCAUGAAAAUUGACCUUCAGAUUAUUUUGCAUGUGGCCUGCACUGCAGUAAAUUUGGCAAAGGUUUCAUGUAUUACAAGCGGGAUUGAGAACAGAUUUAGAGAUUUGUUUUAAUAUUUUACUUAAGCUUUAAAGCAUGAGCUUUUUCCCCCCUCCAGCUUUUCUGCUGACCUAAAACAGGCGACUUGAAAUAGGGUUUGUUAAACCAGAGGAUAUCACCAUUUUAGACAAAAAUGAGUGACUGAAAGCACAAAAAUAUCAUUAGUUACGGUCAUUUAAUCUUCUAUAUUUGAGGCGUAUCACUUUCAAGUUAAAAUCAUGUACUCAUUGUGAAUUUUAGUGCAACAACUGUGACAUUGUUCUUUAUUUUAUAACAUUACAUGAUUAAUGACACCAUUGGUAACAGUGUUUACUAUCUGUUAUAGUAACUUCUCAGCUUCUGGGAAGACUUUUAACAGCAGAAUCUGCAUCGACUUGCACUUUAAAGCCAUGUGCCAAAGACAGAAAAACAAAAUAUGAGAACUUGAGGCUUUAUUGAACAUGAUCCACCUCCUGAGGUGUGCCUGGGUAAGCUGAACAGUCACACACAUAGCACAGAGCGGACUAAUGGAGUCCUUAUCAGGCCCAUCCUGAAGUGAAUGCACCAGGAGAGAGCCGUUUAAAGGCAGAAAGAUCAUGAUGCUCCACAAAUUGGAUGAAUUGAAAAAGACACCCGCAUGUGAUAUGAGCUGAUAGCUACCAGGAAUGCUGUCACCAUCAUCAUCGUCACCGCUGUCGUCAUCAUCACCUGAGGCAAACGGAUAUACAACAAUAGUGCAGCACAGAAUAAAAUGUUUUAAAAAAAAAAGGGGGAUUUUCUUAAGCCGAAGGUGUUAAGUUGUUGCGUAACGCACACGCCAACAAUGAAGUGAGGUGUCAUGCAGCGGUCACAACAUGCACCAUGUUAACUGCACUGUUAAUUGUUUCAACAUACACAUUUAUGGGAGUGUCAGGCCGACUGUGUGUGUGUAGUUUUUGUGCCUGUUACAAACACGAGUGGGAGUUUUUCAGUCACUGUGACUUGUGUUAGUUCAGGACCUCAUCAUGUGCUGCAGCCCUCCCUCUCUUUCCUCCUCACACCCUGUCUGUCUGAUCCUUCAUUCAGAUGAAACUUCACAUCCAUCAGUUCUUCAGAUUUGUUAUUUAAGUGGCUCCAAGUUCCUGAAGAAACCAAUCAGUUAAUAUAGACCCUUCAGAUGUCCAUUGGAAUAAAAGAAGUAUGAAAAUUACAAAUGUCAGAGUUGUCUUUGACCAGUAGCGUGACUUUACUUCCUUCGGUUUGCGGUAUGUCAAACAACACGAGUGAUUCAUGAGCAUGAUAGUGAAAAGGACACCAGGUUGCAGGUUCAGAUCGUCAUUACAAAAUAUAAAUCAACUAAUAAAUUUAAAGUCCGAAACCCCACAGAAUUUUAUUGACUGUCAUGUAAAAGAAACGCAGGAACCAACAAACACUUUUUGCUUGAAAAAUGACUGAGGAAAGAAAUUGAUUAAUUUUCUUUACACUGACUAAUCGUCGCAACCACCUCUAGAGUCAAACAGUGAGCAGAACUUCUCUUUGUUCUUUAACAUGAGAAUGUUAUCUGUAUCUCAUCUGAGAAAACAUGAAUUUCACACUUGCUUCUAUUGAAAGAGAGCUGUGCGGUUUCCGUCCAAAAUAUCUUCCCUCAUCGAUUUUAUUCAAACGCGUGUGACGUGCUUCACUAACCUCCUAAAGCGAUACAAAAGCGGAUGAAUCAGUCCUGCCAGCUUUCAGUAUGAGGGAAGUGGAUUUGAUGCCUGUCCCUUUUUAGCGCCUGUGCUGCAUGAUAACAUCAGCCUAGGAAACUUCACAGUUCCGAAGUUACCAGAGUCUAAUAUGGGAUUUGGCGUGCUGGGAGUGUUCCUGGGGCUGCUCCUAGAGGUCUCCACCCAUGGACCCCACGCUGUGCCCCGAACCUCUUGGAGACACCAAGAUUUAGAUCUGAUGGAGUUUUCAGAGCCUGACAUCUUCAACUACUCCACCUUGUUGCUGAGUGAGAAAAGAGAUGCACUCUACGUGGGAGCCAGGGAGGCCAUCUUUGAGCUCAGCAAGAAGAAUGUGACCGUCAAAAACAACAAGGUUCAGUGGACGGUUGCAGAAAACCCCAUGAUGAUGUGCACGCAAAAAGGAAAAUCAAAAGAGAGGGAUUGUCUAAACUACAUUCGAGUGCUCCAAGUUGUAGACGACGAGCGGCUGUAUGUCUGCGGCACGCACGCCUUUCAACCUCAGUGUGACUACUUGAACCUCGCUGACUUUUCUCUGAGCGGUCGACCUGAAGACGGCCGGGGAAAGUGCUCCUUUGACCCCUCACAAAGCUUUACUACUGUCAUGGUUGAUGGAGCGCUGUACUCAGGGACAGCUUAUAACUUCUUAGGCAGUGAACCAAUUAUUUCCAGAUACUCUCCUUCCCAGUCCCUGCUGCGGACAGAGUACUCCACAUCAUGGCUCAAUGAGCCCAGUUUUGUUUUUGCCGACGUGAUCAGUGAGGGGAGAAACCGAAUCGACGGCGAAGAUGAUAAAAUCUACUACUUUUUCACCGAGGUGUCAGUGGAGUACGAAUUCUUUGGCAAGCUGCUGAUCCCCAGGGUGGCGCGCGUCUGUAAGGGUGACCUCGGGGGACAGCGCACUCUGCAGAAGAAAUGGACGUCCUUCCUAAAAGCCAAGCUGGUGUGCUCCAUGCCCGAGCUCAACUUUGUUUUCAACGUGGUACAUGACGUCUUCAUCCUGAAGGGGGCAGACUGGAAGGACACAGUCAUCUACGGGGUCUUCACCUCUCAGUGGGGUAAUGUCGGCUUGUCAGCAGUGUGUGCUUACAACAUGACAGCUGUGGAAGAGGUCUUCUCCAAGGGCAAGUACAUGCAGAAGGCCACAGUGGAGCAGUCCCACACCAAGUGGGUGCGAUACAACGGCAUGACUCCUUCUCCACGUCCUGGAGCAUGUAUUAACAACCAGAUGCGACAGCAGAACAUCAGCAGCUCUCUCCACCUGCCAGACAAGACCCUCCAGUUUGUUAAGGACCACCCCUUGCUGGAGGAUCCCGUCCUGCCCAUCGGCAACGGGCCUCGCCUCAUCACCAAAGACGUCAAUUACACUCAGAUUGUCGUGGAGAGGGUCCGCGCGCUUGACAAGAACAUUUAUGAUGUCAUCUUCACUGGAACAGAUAAGGGAGUCCUGCACAAGUCGGUGGUGUAUGAAGGAGACGUGCACAUUGUGGAGGAGGUCCAGCUCCUGAAGAACUCUGAGUCCAUCAAGAACUUGCUGCUGUCCUCUGAGACACGCUCCCUGUACGCUGGUUCAGACUCGGGUGUAGUCCAGUCCCCCACAGCCUUCUGCGGCCGCUAUCUGUCCUGCGCCGACUGUGUCCUGGCUCGAGACCCGUACUGCGCCUGGGACCCUCACACUGCUGCCUGUGUCAAUAUCUUUGACGCUCCCAGCCAACGGCUUAGGAAGCUAAUCCAGAGCCUGAAUGGUGACGCAGACAAGUGUCCCUCAGCGUCACGUCUGUCUUUGAAGGACUACCAGCGUGUCUCAGUGAAACUAGGGAGCUCCGCUGAGCUGCCGUGCCUGGUGCACUCCAAUCUGGCCCAGGUGAUGUGGAAAUCCAACGGCUCUGCUCUCACCGAGGCCUCUCGCUUCCACCUCAUAGGUGAAAAUGGUCUCCUUAUUUACAGCGUGGCUCCAGAGGAUCAAGGUCACUACGAGUGCUGGUCAGUGGAAUGGGCCCCCGCCGCUGGAAAGAACUUCAGCCGCCUCCUGGCUGGAUACGUCCUGACUCUGGAUCUGCCGCCCAGAGCCCCUCACCAGGCGGGCCACGUGACCACCACCCUCGGCAGCCGGGAGCCGUCUAGCACACACGCAGCUGAAGGUAAUGGUAAGACAGACAGAGCCCUACUAACGUCGGCCCUCGCCCCUCCCAGCUUCACAGCCACAGUCCAAUUCACCUCCCCACCCCAAACUGACUCAUCACUAACCCCGCCACCCAGCAGCACAAUCAAGUUCCAACCAAAGCCGCACCUUCCCUCAAGCUCCAACGCUCCCCGCCCAGACAGCAGGGACCCAGCGGCUGAGUAUUUGCAACACAACAACAGCACCGCCCUCCUCUUCCUCUUCCUCCUGUUUUUCCUCCUCUUCCUGGCUGCGUUGGCGUACAACUGCUACAUGCAGUAUCUUCCAGCUCCAUGCCUGCGGGUGCGAGCCGCUCUGUUGGGCAGUCACAAGAGCGCCCAUCAGCCCGAGUACCUGGCCUGUGAGGCAGGUCUGAUGGAAGCAUCCGCAACUGACAAAAUUAACAUGACGGAGCAGCCGACGCAGAAUGGCAGCCAGACCACUCAGAACCUCCGGGCGCUCCGCGACACCGGGUACGAGACUGAGCCGGAGUGUGGCAACGGCGGGAUCCCCUCUCACACUUUCGGAGACGACAGCCCGUCCCAGGAGAAACCCUUCGAUGUGGACUGUGAAUCUCAGCCCAUUCAGUUUGCAGAUGCAGACGAGCCUUACUGCUAGCCAGACGCCUCUGAUCUGCUCGUUCUUCUCAACAUAGAGACUAUUUAUGGGGGGGGUCACACUCUUGCUGCAUCUUCCCACGACUCACAAGUAAAUGGUUUCCUCUAUAUGAAAGUAUGUUCAGUGUACAGCAUCACAUAAUAAUCAUCACAAAGCUUAAAUCAGGCGUCCCGCUUGCCUGUAGAGAUUUAUCUCCUGUUGUCUGAUUUCUGGCUUAUGAUGAUAAAGCAAAAAACUAUAUUCACAGAAGCUGCACCCUCUCAGCUUAGUCCAGCAAGAAAAGCUAUUUCUUAAAUUCCAAAUUGGAAACAUUGUUUACCAAAUUGGUAAGUUACCUUGAUGUUUUCCAAAUUGGAGUCGUGUUUUUUUGUACAGCCUGGGUUAAAAAUAAUCUCUUGAAGCUUAUCUUAUUUCAAAGCAACGUGUCAGCUAUUGGACUUUGGGUGAAUGCUUCAACGUUACAGUAAUUUCUCAGGGAAGAUUUGCUCAGUACGUUCUAGCCUAGCUUUGUGCAGUGUUGCCAUCUGCACCACCUGGUAUGUGGGCCUUAAUCUCACCCAGCGAGGUGGCGAUGUGGGGUUUGAAGGUCACGGAAAGAGAAGGGGACAAGCAACGACUUGCAUGAUUAGAAAAAUGCUGGAAUAAAUCAAACCACUGUCUCGUGUAGAGUCGUCUUUGAGUGACAGUGUUGACUUUGUCUGUAUUUAAUUUUGCUUUCCUUCCUGUAAAGUCGACAUUCCUAUAUGGAUACAACUCUGAUGGUCCUGUGUAUUAACCUGUACUAGUCAUCUUCCCUUACGUUGUCUAUUAAUAACGGAAAUAUGUGCGGUAUGACGUGAUGCUUGGUAUCAAUCAUCAAGUUUUUUCUGAAACAGCCCUGGAAACAAUCUUUUUUAUCAUUAUUUUUAAUCAAACCUUCAGUUGUAGAACAUUUUCAGAGGAUUAUUAUUUAAGAUGAGUCACAUUUGUGGAAAUAUCAUUUUGUCUAUUGUGUAAGUAAUUGUUAUCAUCUUCAUUUGUUUUAUUUAUUGCAGUAGGUUAUUUUUUUUUUUAAGUCCAUUAGUCUCCCUCUUUUCUGUGUUGCAUGUUGCCCCUUCUUUAGAUUUCCCAUUUUCCUCAAUACUCUCUUUUCCCAUCACUCCCUCCCUCACAGCCUCCUCUCCUGUCGACACUUCAUCUUCCCUGUCCUCUGGAACUCCCUCUGCCCUCCCUUCCUCCUCUUCCUCUUCUUCCACCUCUUCCUCCGCCAAGCCCCACAGUGUCGGGGCGCGGGAGGCAGAGGUGAGACUGUUGCC